UUUUUGAGCUGUUCGGUUAUGGUCCAUAUUCCUUUUGGCAAUUCCAAUUCCCCAAGGUUAUGAGGGUCCCUCCGAUGGACUCACAACGUCAAAAUCCUCCCUAAAUAAAGUCAGGAGAUUGACUGGGCCAUGCAAGCACCUUCACCUUCUUAUUUAUUUAUUUAUUUAUUUAUUUAUUUAUUAUAUGUCGAGUUAUUUUGGCUGUAUGUUUGGGCUUGUUGCCUUGUAAGAAUGUCCAUGUUCUCCCAAGAUUCACUUUCUUUCUUUCUCACUUUCUUUUCGCUUUCCUGUUUCUUUUUCAUCCCUUUGUUUUGUUUCCUUUCUUCCUUCUUGUCUGUCUGUCUUUCCCUUCUGUCGUCUCCAACACAUUCUCCUCUAUUAUGUCCUGGUACAUCUCUCCAUUCAUGUUUCCAGGUGCAGUUUGCAUUAAAAGUCAUGAGUCAUGGUGGUGGGUAAAUGCCAUGGGCACACCUGCAAAACUGGAAGAAUGUAAACCAGUGUUUAAUUUUUGCUGUAGAUCUAUGUAGAUGCUCAUCUUAGCUCCCUUUAGGGCAGCCUAUUGUAGUCUCUCCUCUGUACCUUGCUUCUGUUUCAUGAACUCUUACUGUAGUUUGCUUGUUGUAUUGGGUGUAUGGGUCACCUGCAGAGAGGAAUGUUUUAUGUUGAACGCUUUCACUGUGAUUUUAACUUCAUGAAUAAUUGUACUUGUGUAUUUUUAUUUGCUGCACUAUGUAAAACAGUGUGCUUACACACCCUAGGUAGUGCACUAUAUGUGUAUUUGAAAUGCAGUCGCUGUCAGUGGGCUUCCUCCUGUCCGGCAGGUGGCGGUAAUGAGAGCGUGUGUGAGUGUGUGUUUUGGUUUGGAAGCGGCGCUUUCACACACAGGCAGUAAACAGAGGCAGAGAACAGGCUGUGUAACACUGAAGCUGAACACUCACUAGAUAUUUCUCUCCUUAUUGUUUCAGCUCUGUCGCUGUAAUGACGGUGCUGUGAGGAGGUCCGGGCUUUGUCGGUGUUUACCGGGACAUUUACCGGGACGUUUACCGGGACGUUUACGAAGCUGGGUUUAGGGAUAUUAUUGUUUGCGGUUUCCGGGUGUUUGAUGAAGAGGAGGUCCGAGGCUGUCGGUCAUGUUCUGAGGAGCUGAAGUGCAGUGCAGUGAAGAGGAGAAACACCGGGGAUGCGAACAUGGCAUCGGUGCGUGUGGCAGUGCGCGUGCGGCCCAUGAACGAACGGGAGAAGGAGCUCUCGGCCCAGGGCAUCAUCGAGAUGGACGGAAACAAGACGACCAUUACCAACUUAAAAAUCCCCGACGGCGUGACGGGCGACUCGGUGAGAGAGAGAACUAAAACGUUCACGUACGACUUCUCCUACGACUCGGGCGACCGCAGCAGCACCAGAUUCGUCUCGCAGGAGAAGGUCUUUAAGGAUCUGGGUUCAGAUGUUCUCAAGGCAGCGUUCGAGGGCUACAACGCCUGCAUCUUCGCUUACGGACAGACGGGCUCGGGGAAGUCCUACACCAUGAUGGGCAACCAGGGAGACGUGGGGCUGAUCCCGAGGAUUUGCGAGGGCCUGUUCACCCGGAUAACCGGUAUGACCCGUCGUGAUGAAGCCUCCUUCCGUACGGAAGUCAGUUAUUUGGAGAUCUAUAACGAGCGCGUGCGAGACCUGCUGAGGAGAAAGCUGGCGAAGACGUAUAACCUGCGAGUACGAGAGCACCCGAAAGACGGCCCUUACGUCGAAGACCUGUCGAAGCACCUGGUCCAGAACUACGGCGACGUGGAGGAGCUGAUGGAGGCGGGAAACAUCAACCGCACGACAGCUAGCACCGGCAUGAACGACGCCAGCAGCCGCUCGCACGCCAUCUUCACCAUCAACUUCACACAGGCGAAGUUCGAUGCGGAGAUGCCGUGUGAAACAGUGAGUAAGAUUCACUUGGUGGAUCUGGCAGGCAGCGAGAGAGCAGACGCAACAGGCGCCACCGGCGUUCGCCUCAAAGAAGGAGGCAACAUCAACAAGAGCUUGGUUACCCUCGGCAACGUCAUAUCUGCCCUGGCCGAUAUGUCUCAGGACGGCGGGAGCAGCCAUCUGAAGAAGAAGCAGGUGUUUGUCCCUUACAGAGACUCUGUCCUCACGUGGCUUCUCAAAGACAGUCUGGGAGGAAACUCCAAAACCAUCAUGAUCGCCACCAUCUCGCCUGCGGACGUGAACUACGGCGAGACCCUGAGCACGCUGCGCUACGCUAACCGCGCCAAAAACAUCAUCAACAAACCCACCAUCAACGAGGACGCCAACGUGCGGCUGAUCCGGGAGCUGAGAGCCGAGAUCGCUCGCCUCAAAGCCCUGCUCGUACAGGGAAAUCAGAUAGCACUUCUGGAUUCACCCACAGCUCUGAGUAUGGAGCAGAAACUGCACCAGAACGAGGCUCGGGUCCUGGAACUGACAAAGGAGUGGGCAAACAAAUGGAAUGAAACACAGAACAUUCUUAAGGAGGAGACUCUAGCUCUGAGGAAGGAAGGGAUUGGUGUGAUCCUGGACUCGGAACUUCCUCAUCUCAUCGGCAUCGACGACGACCUGCUCAGCACCGGCAUCAUCCUCUACCACUUAAAGGAGGGGAGGACGUUCGUAGGCCGGGAAGACGCCGUUAAUGAACAGGACAUCGUUCUGCAUGGCUUGGGACUGGAGAGCGAACACUGUCUGUUUGAGAAUCAGGAUGGCACCGUGACGCUGAUCCCUCUGAACGAGUCACAAUGCUCCGUCAACGGUGUUCACGUCACCGAACCCUGCCAACUCAACCAAGGUGCUGUAAUCCUGCUGGGCAGGACCAACAUGUUCAGAUUUAACCAUCCUAAAGAGGCAGCCAAACUGCGUGAGAAGAGGAAGAGCGGUCUGCUCAGCACGCUGAGUCUCUCUAUGACCGAUCUCUCCAAGUCCUGUGAAAACCUCUCUACGGUCAUGCUCUACAACCCUGGACUGGAGUUUGAGAGGCAGCAGCGAGAAGAGCUGGAGAAGCUCGAACACAAAAGGCGUCUGAUAAAGGAGAUGGAGGAGAAGCAGAAGUGUGAGAAGGCGGAGCUGGAGCGCAUGCAGCAGGAGGUGGAGUCUCAAAGGAAGGAGUCUGAGCAGGUGCAGCUGCGCAUCCGCAGGCAGGAGGAGAGUCUGCGCAAACGCAGCCAGGACAUCGAGAGCCGCAUGAGGGACCUGCUGGCUGAGAAGGAGCGCUUCCAGGAGGAGCGUCACAGGGAUCAGCAGGAGCAGAAACAGAGGAGAAGACCUCAGCAGCUGGAGCAGCAUCUGGAGGAGGAGUCGGAGGAAGGGGAGGUGCAGGAAACGGAGGCGCGAGAGGAGGAGGAGGAGGAGGAGGAGGAGGUGCAGGCCAGGAGAGAACACGCCGAGCAGACGGAGCUCUUCAGAGAACUGGAACGUCUGAAACGGGAGCGAGAAGAGCAGGCUGUUAAAAUCCAGCUGGAGAGGAGACGUCUGGAGGAGCGGGAGCGGGAGCAGCUCUCUCUUGUGGGUCGUCUGGAGGAGCAGCUGCGGGAGCGGAGCGAGGAGGCGGCGGCGCUGUUGAACCGAGACGAGGCUCGGCGCCUGGAGGAGGAGCAGCGGACGCUCGCCGAGAUCCGGGAGGGACUGCUGCUCGCGAAGGAGGCGCGGGUGGACGGCGAGGACGCGGGCGAGGAGGCGCUGAGGAGUGCCAGGGAGCGGUACGAGAUCUUCAAACAGGAGCAGGUGCAGGAGCUGAGCGUGUUGCUGGAGGGGCUCUCGCAGCAGAAGGAGCGGCUUGAGAAGGAGGUGGCCAAUGAUCACGCCGCCCUCGGAGUCCUGCAGCACGCACACAGGGAGAAACAGAGACAGGUGCGUGAGACGGUGGCUUUGGGGGCGCAGGACUCCUUGUCUCUCCUUCAGGAGGAGGCUCAGCUCUCUCAGGCCGAGCACAGGCUGCAGUGUAAAGAGCGGCAGCUGCUCUCUCUGCAUCAGAACCACCUGCCCGCUGUGUCGGAGGAGCUGCACCGGGCCGAGGAGGCGCUGGAGAGAGUGCGGGGCAGAGAGAAGGGGGGCAGCCCCGAGCUGGUGGAGAAGGAACUGGACGAGAUGCUGUAUCAGAUCGAGAAGGAGCUGGAGGAGAAGCAGGAGCGUCUGUCUCAGCACAGCGCCAGCGCCGAGCAGCUCCUGCAGCUGCAGCAGACCUACGAGUUCACGGCCAACGUGGCGCGGCAGGAGGAGAAGGUGCGGCGUAAAGAGCAGGAGAUCCUGGAGACGAGGGAGAAGCAGCAGAGGGAGGCGCUGGAGCAGGCGGUGGCCCGGCUCCAGAGGAGACACUCGGCCCUGCGCCGGAGCCUCAGCCUGGAGCCCGAGGCCGAGGAGGCCCGCAGGAGGAGCAUCGUGGCCUCCAUGGGACACAACGGCACACGGAGCACUGCGGUACCCGAGCUCGACCAGAAGAGUGUCAGGAUGGAGAUGGAAAUUGCUCAGCUAAAGCAGAGGAUCAGUGAGAGUGAGGCGAGUGGGCGGAGCCUCUCUGUGAGCAGUGAUGAGAAGACCAAUGUGGGGAACUGUCCGAUGAGCCCCAUCCAGAGUCUCAACACAGUGCUGCCUCUCACUGACGACCGAUUAAAAGCAUACAUUGAAGAAGAGGUUCAGAAGAGGCUGCGGCAGAUGAACCUGCAGAACACGGACAAUAACAACGGUCUGUCGCUGUCCUCGGAGUCGCUGCAGGAGGACGAGGAAGUUAGUGAGCACAGCUCUGUUAGAAUGAACGAGCAGAACACCCAUACACAUCCCGUGGAUCCACGUAGACAGAAGUAUGAGCGCUUUGUGUCAGUACCGUUAAGUCCAAGUCCGGACAGCUUGAAGGAUCCGGUGAAGAUCAGCAUCCCGCGCUACGUCCUCCGGGGACAGGGCAAGGACGAGCACUACGAGUUUGAAGUCAAGAUCACAGUUCUGGAUGAAACAUGGACUGUGUUUCGACGCUACAGCCGCUUCAGAGAGAUGCACAAAUCCCUCAAAAUGAAAUACCCAGAGCUAGGAGUGCUGGAGUUCCCUCCGAAAAAAAUAUUUGGCAACCGGGAUGAGAGAAUGGUGGCUGAGAGACGCAAUCACCUGGAGCGCUACUUGAGAAACUUCUUCCAGAUCUUGAUGUCAUCGUCCUGCUCUUCCUCUCCUUUGCGAACGGACGACUCGGGCCUGCAGCUCUCCAAACAUGCCGUGUGUGACAUCUCGCCCUUCUUCAAGAAGGGAGUGUUCGACUACAGCAGUCACGGAACAGGCUGACCCACGACCACAACCAUCUCCACUCGCGCUCCGUCACUCCUAAACGUCCAUGCACAUAUCACUCCACACAGUCUCAGGACAGCACCAGGGUUGUCUGGUAGACGUAUCAGAAAGCCAAAGUACGAGCCUUAGUGCCUUUUGGUGGUCCCGCAGUUUAGUCUAUGUACAACAGACCAUCACUGUCUGUGUUAGAUCUCAUCAUCCAGACCUGCUCUGUUACUAGAACAACCUGAAGAAUAACAAUGAAUGACUGUGUAAAUUAUGUGCAGCUAUUUGGUCUGGUUGCCGCCGAGGUAAAUAUGAUACACGAGUUACUGUGCCGUGAUUUUAGCGCAUUGGUCAGGAGAAACUAAAAUUUUACACAAAUGUAGUCAAUCAUCAAGAAACGGGCAACGUUUGAUGUUUGCUACAGUUUCGCCUACACCAAACUGCACUAGCGCUCAUCCACUAUUAUUAUUAUUAUUAUUAUUAUUAUUAUUAUUUUCUUUCUUAUUAUUUUUGGGUAACACAUUUUGUGAUCAUGCGAAACAAUUUGCCAUUUGUUUUGGAUGAAAACACUAAUAUUAACGCAUGAACAGGCUAUUGAUGUAAUUUUUCAGACUUCUUAAAGCAGCACUGCUGCGUUUGGUCCAGUGACCAUGCCAGCUUGGACAGCAGGAAGCGAAUCCCAGCCCAGCACAUUCCCUAUGCAAGUACACCGUCACCUACAACAUCCUAACACUCAUCCAUGGCACAACUUGAUCUCUUCUCCACCAACAUUACUGCCAUCACUGUCCAUAGUGGUACCGGUGUACGCUCUUUUGGAACGAAGUAAAACAUUUCAGCUGACGUCUUCCAAAAAGCCUCGGUCGCUAAUCCGUUUAAGUUCCACUGGAGUGAUCACCGUAUAUUUAAACCUGAAGAAAUAUGCCAGAACACACAGCUAAUAGUUUAGAAUUUGUUUGUAUAGCAUGUUGAACAUAAAAAAAAAAAAAAUUGUAAAAAAAACAACAAUUUUUGUCUUUGUACUGAAAUUAAACGAUAACUCGGACGUGCACAGCCCAUAAUAUCUCUGAAAGCCAUACGUGUAGAUGAUGUGUACGAAUGUAUAAAUUAUCGCGCAGUGUGUAUAAAGGUGCUUCUUCUAAUAACGCAAUACGAAAGGGAAAAAGAUUGUACAGUUUAGAGAAUUACUUCGUUUCGUUCCCCUCUCCUGACACGUUUCCACUUUUCUUUUCUUUUCCCCAGAUGAUUCACUGAUUAGUUCUGCGUAUGAAUUUGAGUUAUGACGCAGGGUUUCAGACUUGAGACGGACUAUUUAAAAAGCCAUAGCGGUAAGAAAAGGAGAAAAAAAAAGAAGAAAGAAAUGCACUAUUUUUCUCUUACGGGGAUCGAUGGUUUGUCAACGGUGAUUGAAGACGUGAAGGCUUUCGGUUAUUUAUACAUUUGUAUGUAUGUUU